AUGGCGAAGGCCAAAGGCAAAGCCACGGCUGCCAUCGCCAAGCAGCAGGAGCAGGAGUCUCUGAAGAAGAAGAAGGCGGCCCAGAAGAAGCAGGUGUCCGAGUCGGAGGAGAGCAGCAGCUCCGAGGAGGAGAGCAGCGACGAGGAGAGCGAGGAGCCUGCAAAGCCUGCCAAGCCGGCUGCCAAGGUCAAGGCCGCCCCUGCCAAGAAGGCCGAGAGCAGCAGCGAAGAGGAGAGCAGCGACGAGGACAGCGACGAGGAGGAGCCCGCCAAGCCCGCUACCGUCAACGGCAAGGCCAAGGCUGCAUCUAGCUCUGAGGAGGAGUCCUCUGAGGAGGAGGAGGAGGAGGCCAGCAGCAGCGAGGAGGAGAGUUCGUCGGACGACGAGGAGGCAGCGCCCGCAAAGCCUGCUGCCGAGGCAGCCAAGCCCGCCGCGAAGGAGUCUUCCGAGGAGGAGUCAUCUGAGGAGGAGGAGAGCUCGGAUGAGGAGGAGGCCAAGCCCGCCGCCACGAAGGCCGCCAGCAGCAAGGAGGAGUCUUCUGAGGAGGAGAGCUCCGACGAUGAGGAGAUGAAGGAGGCGGAGAAGCCCAAGCAGGGCGUGAAGCGCGCCGCCGACGGCAAGGCCAAGGAGGAGUCCUCUGAGGAGGAGGAGGAGUCUGGGGAGGAGGAGAGCUCGGACGAGGAGGAGGAGGGUAAGGAGGAGGCGAAGCCGGCGGCCAAGAAGAAAAAGGCGGCCGACGGCAGCGCGGUGGAUGUGUCUGCCGCCAACGGCAGCCGCACCAUCUUCAUGAAGAACCUGCCCUGGGCCGCCGAGGAGGACACCAUCCGCGAGUUCUUUGCCGAGUGCGGCCCCAUCGCCGAGGUGCGCAUCGCGUACGACCGCGACACGGGGCGCGCCAAGGGCUUUGCCCACGUCCAGUUUGAGGAGCUGGAGGGCGCGGCCAAGGCGACGGCGCUGAGCGGGGAGAGCCUGAUGGACCGGGAGCUGUACAUCGAGUCCACCACCGAGCGCCAGCAGCGGACACCAGGCGAGAACCGCUUUGCGACCUCUGACGGCACCACCAUCUUUGUCAAGGGCUACGACUCGUCCCUGGGCGAGGACGAGGUGCGCCGGCAGCUGACCGAGGCGUUUGGGGAGGUGGGCGCCGUGGUGAGCGUGCGGCUGCCUACUGACCGCGACACGGGCGAGCUCAAGGGCAUCGGCUUCAUCGAGUUUGAGUCCACUGACGCCAAGCACAAGGCGGUUGAGCUGGACGGCAGCGAGGUGGCAGGCGGCUGGAUCAAGGUUGACCCCAACCCCAGCAGCGGCGGCGGCCGUGGCGGCGGCCGCGGCGGUGGCCGCGGCGGCCGUGGCGACUUUGGCGGCCGGGGCCGCGGGCGCGGCGACUUUGGCGGCCGGGGGCGUGGCCGCGGCCGCAGCGAUUUUGGCGGCCGCGGGCGCGGGCGCGGCGACUUUGGCGGUCGCGGUCGCGGCGGCCGUGACGGCGGCAGGGGCGGGCGCGGGCGCGGCCCCCGCAUCUCAAUUGACGCAGGCGGCAGCGGCAAGAAGACCACCUUUGAGGACUAA